CCCUCCCAGACGAGUGGCGGCGGAGGUGGAGGAGGUGGUGGUGGCCCGACCAGCUCGCCUCUACUCUUCUUCGUCGCACUCGGCUUCGGUGUGGUCUUUACUAACCUUUGGAUCAUCGUCGGUGUCAAGUACUGCUUCCGCUACAACCAACGCAACCGCGCCGCUCGGGCUGCUGCAGAUGGCGAGCCAAUUGAUCUUACGGCCAUGCCGCGCCCGCACAGGAGGAGAAGAGAAAAGAAGCUGAUGACUAUGGAUGAGGUCAACGAGCGCUUCCCGCUGCAAAAAUACAAGCAAUGGAAGGCCAGCCGCGAAAACCAAGGAUUACCAGCGUCGGGCGGUAUCGCCACUGCACCUCAGAGUCGAGCGAACAGUGUCAAGGAUGUUGACGGCGUCGUUGCUCCUAUGCAGGAGGGUGCUUCAAGUCCAUCGCCCGCCACUUCACUGAGCAAGGCACAGGAGGGUCACGCUGCCACGAGCGGGGCUUUACAAAAGGAAACUAUGUCACCGCGCACCAGUCUUUCAGCAGGCGAAAACAAGGAGACCGGGUCUGAGAAGAAAGAGGUGGACGAAAAGCAUGCCGAGCUUGUACAGACAGAAACCGCUGUUAGCCAUUACGAACCAAGCAAGCCGUCACAAGCUCACGAGCACGACGGUGAGGAUUCGGACGAUGACGACCCCAUUCGAACAGCAGCCGCGCCGGAACUAUUGACGGAGCCUGGCGACACAUGUGCCAUCUGUUUGGAUACUCUCGAGGACCAGGAUGAUGUGAGGGGAUUGACUUGUGGCCAUGCUUUCCACGCCAGCUGCGUGGACCCGUGGCUUACGAGCCGUCGUGCUUGCUGCCCACUCUGCAAAGCCGACUACUACGUUCCCAAACCUCGCCCCGAAGGAGAGACUCAAGAACAGACUGCAUCGGGCCGCCGUUCGAAUGCAACCGGGCUCAGGUCACCUACGACUCCUCCAGCUACGUGGAAUGCUCGGGGUAACCCGUUCUCACGGUCGCGUGUUGUUGCGAUCUCCGGUCCCGGUCGACAGAAUGGCAGCAACACUCGGCAGGGAAAUUCGGGAAUGCCGAUGAUGGAUUUGUUCAACCGGCCCAGACGUCAGGACCGCACCGCACCUACCACCACUGAUGCCACUGCGCCAGUCUCCGAACCUCGGCCGACGAUGUCAAGUUGGAGAGCAAGACUUGGACGACCUGUUGUGCCCACUGGCAGCAUGCCCGGUUGGUGGGGCCGAGGCCGUGGCGCCGAUGCCGACAACAGCGCAAGCGCCCAGCCCACACCGGGCCAACUUGAGGCUGGCAAUCGGUGA